AUGGUCCAAGAAAGACCAUUGCUGGUUCUAAUCGGAUUUUAUUAUUUCUUACAAUUUGCUAGAAUUAUCGCUGAUUAUGUCUUCUCCGCUGGUUUACUAGGUGAAAUCGCAGUUGGUAUCAUCUUUGGUGGUCCACUUGCGGGGAUUUUACCUCACGAAUGGGAGGAAACCUGGUUGACAGUAGGAUAUUUAGGUUUAGUUCUCAUAGUAUUCUCUGGUGGUCUUGACUUUGAUGCCCAGGUAUUCUUAAGGAGCAUUCCAAUUGCUUUCAUCGCUGCUUUCUGGGGUGUAUUACUUCCAAUUGCUUUCUCAUUUGCAAUCCUUUGGAAGGCUUUUGGAUAUCCCAUCCUUCACGCUUUUACUGCAGGCUGUGCACUGUCUUCUACCAGUUUGGGAACUACCUUCUUCGUCCUUCAAAGCCAAACCAAGAAAGGAUUGAAUGUCCAAGCGACACGAGUCGGUACUUUACUCACUGCCAUCGCUCUAAGUGACGACGUUAUUGCUUUAGUUUUGCUCACAGUUGUUCAAUCUCUGGGUGGUGGAUCAAAUAGCACGCUUGGGUGGAUAGUUGGCAAACCUAUAGUCGCAUCUGUAGCUUUAUCAAUCGUUUCUCCAAUAGUUGUUUAUGCAUUUAGACCAAUCUAUAGAAGAUUCCUGGAAGUUCCAAUCAGUCGUUACGGUGGCUAUAGAGGUGCAACCACCGUUGGAUUCCUUGUCCUAUGCGCAUAUUUAGCAAUAUCAUUUUAUAUACACACCACUAUGUUGCUUGGUGCCUUCUUAGCUGGUAUGACAUUAGCUGUAUGGCCAUCCGACCGUGAAGGUGUUAUUAAUUACAAGCACAUAUUUGAAGAAAUUUUCGACCCACUACUUAAAAGAUACUUUGCAAGCUUAUUCUUUGCUUCAAUUGGCUAUUCAAUUCCCUUUUUAGAUCUAUUCACUGCUAAAAGAUUCUGGCAAGGUCUAGUAUAUAGUGUCUUUAUGUUUAUCGGUAAACUUUUAGUUGGAAUUUGGAUACCAAUUAGAGAUUUGGUUACAAAAGAACGUUUUAAGGUCGACGAGGAGAGUGACAAGUAUAAAACUAAAAUACAUUCUAGUAAACCUAACAAAGAUUCCUGGAUUGCUGGUCUCAUUCUUGGAAGUGCUAUGCUUGCAAGAGGUGAAAUUGGUGUUCUUAUUCUGCAAGUUAGUUUAACAACUUCACAGUCUAAUGCUGGAUCUGAUAAUGCAAUUUCCGUAAUGGAUAAUGAAACAUACUUGAUUGGUAUAUGGGCAGUCGCAUGGAACACCAUUAUAGGACCAGUCGCAUUUGGCUUAAUGGUCAAGUAUUUUGGACAAAGGGUUAUCGAUUCUCAUUGGGGUGACACAGCUCGUUUGAGGAUCGAGAGACAAGAGAGUAUUUAUGCUGCCCCAACUUUUAACACAGAGGCUACCAUUACUCAAGAAACAAAGGUCAAGGGUACAGGAACUCAAGACAAGAGUGACGUUUAG